UUGAGUCCUGGGGACAGACUGGUGGGAGGAGUAAGCGGGGGAUCAGCUGACGGAGAAGGAGGAGUCGGGGGAGGAGUCCGGUUCAGCCCCGCAAGUUAAACAGCUCGGUGUCUGUGGGAUGUGACUCGUGAGGGAGAAAUCCCGGGUCACUAUGAGUAAAGGAACGGGCUGCGGCCUGAGGUCGCCAGUGGGUUUCCUGUCACGGAGGAGGCUGCACGGCGACCCCCUGAUGAAGGAGGAUUUCCAGAGGAGGAGGCUCCAGGCCUGUAGGAACCUGUACAAGAAGGACCUGCUCGGACACUACGGCUGUGUCAAUGCCAUCGAGUUCUCCGGGAACGGGGGUCACAUGUUGGUGUCAGGAGGAGAUGACCGACGUGUGUUGCUGUGGCACUUGGAGCAAGCAAUCCAUUCCAGAGCAAAACCCAUCCAACUUAAAGGAGAGCACCACUCUAACAUAUUUUGCCUGGCUUUUAACAGCUGCAAUACCAGGGUAUUUUCUGGAGGCAAUGAUGAGCAAGUUAUUCUUCAUGAUGUGGAAAGUGGUGAAACCUUGGAUGUUUUUGCUCAUGAGGAGGCAGUGUAUGGUCUUUCAGUCAGUCCUGUCAACGACAAUGUCUUUGCAAGUUCUUCUGAUGAUGGAAGAGUGCUCAUCUGGGAUAUAAGGGAGUCUCCUCAAGGAGAUCCUUUCUGUUUGGCACAUUAUCCAUCAGCAUUCCACAGUGUCAUGUUUAAUCCAGUGGAGCCCAGGCUGCUGGCCACAGCCAAUUCCAAAGAAGGAGUCGGACUUUGGGAUAUCCGAAAGCCAAACAGCUCUCUGCUACGUUACGGUGGGAAUCUCUCCUUGCAAAGUGCAAUGAGUGUUCGAUUCAAUAGCAACGGGACUCAGCUUCUGGCCCUGAGGCGCCGCCUGCCCCCUGUCCUGUACGACAUUCACUCACGCCUGCCCAUUUUCCAAUUUGACAACCAAGGUUACUUCAACUCCUGUACGAUGAAGAGUUGCUGCUUUGCAGGGGACCGUGACCAGUAUAUCCUGUCUGGCUCUGACGAUUUUAACCUGUACAUGUGGAGAAUCCCGUCCAGCCCAGAAGCAGGUGGAGCAGGCAGAGUUGUCAAUGGUGCUUUCAUGAUUCUAAAAGGACACCGUUCCAUUGUCAAUCAAGUGCGAUUCAACCCUGACACCUACAUGAUCUGCUCUUCUGGAGUUGAGAAGAUCAUAAAGAUUUGGAGUCCCUACAGACAACCCAGCUGCAAUGGAGACCUUGAGGGUCAAGUUGAUGAUGAUGACGAUUCACGUUGCUUAUACACACAUGAGGAGUAUAUUGGUCUGGUUCUUAACAGUGGAAGUGGUUUGUCACAUGAUUAUGCCAAUCAGUCCUUACAAGAGGACCCAAGAAUGAUGGCUUUCUUUGAUUCCCUGGUGAGGAGAGAGAUAGAGGGAUGGAGUUCUGAUUCUGACAGCGACAGUACAAUUCUGCAGCUCCACCCUGGAGUCAGCGAGCGUUCUGCUUAUAGUGAUUCUGUAUCGUCAACCUCUUUGCCACCCUCACCAGUUGCCACACCAGGAGAAUCUGAUGAGGCUGCGGCUGCUGGAGACUCACAGAGAUCAGCAGAGUCUCCUCCAAUAAGAUCUGAGUUGUCUCCACACCAGUUGAGAAUGUUAGCAUUGAGGAACUAUCAGGAUAAACGGCUGGCCACAAUGUCCAACAAUACAGAUUCUGAUGAUAAUGCAACUGAGACAGAAGCUGAAACUGAGCCCUUUUCUCGUCCUCGCUCUCCAAGUCCUGAAGAAGAAAGAUCCAGCAGCAGUGACGAAGAAAACAACCUUAACGAUCGCCGAGCCUCAAUGAGGCAACGUAAUGCACUUCGACAUCAACAGAAAAUACAGAGAGAGAAAAAAGCUAAAGCAAAAUCUCAAAGCACACCUGCAGUUGUUGGAGAAGAUGUGCAUUACUAUCCUCAGAUUACAAUGGAUGAGCAGUCGUCUACAGAGUCCUCACCUGAAAGAAGGAGCCCCAGUGAAGUAGAACGUAAAUCCUCACUCUGUUCAGACAUUGACUCUGUUGAGAGGAAGAUCUACAAAGCAUACAAAUGGCUACAGUAUUCUUAUAGCUCAUAUUCUAAAGGUAAGGCAGGAGAAAACUCCCACAACGGGGGAGAAAGUGAGGAUGAAAGGCCAGGAACUAGUGGGAGGAGCAGUGUAUUGCCACCUUUAUUGGAAACUGAGAGCUCCAGUGAAAUAACUUCACAAGAUAGCAAAAAUCCUCCAUCAGAAUACCAACACAAUCCGUCUGUCCAGAAAGACUCCUUACAAGAAAACUAUAGCAGCAGUCCAAGCUACCACCGUGGAAAGCCAUUAUGGUUUGAGGAUCUAGAAAAAUCUUGCCAUGAAACUGCCUCUGUGGAGUGUCCUUCAGUGACAAAAAAGUUAAAUGGAACUGCUUCCCAUAAAGAGCUCACAAUUUGCUCUGAAGAGUCACGUGGACAGUAUGGAAGCAGCAUGACACUGAAAAACAGGCAAAACCAGCAGCAGAUCAUAAACCAGCAACCCCCUUUACCCACAAAAGAGUCUCCCAGUUGGUUUAAAGAUAGCAUAGACAAUGGCUUGGGGAGUGGGAACUCAGAAAUAGAAAGGGAAGAGGCAGAUCUUACCUGCACUCACCAGAGCAAUGGGCACUUGCAUCCCUUUCCACCAGUCUCCAGUAGAGAUGGACAAAGCUGUGGGGACCAGACCAUGAACUUUGUCUGCCCACAUACUUGUGCCCAUAUUGACAAUGUCAGCCUGCGCCAGGCUGAUUUAACCCUGCAAAAGGAAACAUAUAUUAAGGGCGUCUGCUCCAGUAUGAGCACAAAAGGGGACUUCACAGCUCAAACAGACAAUGGUGAUCAGAAGCUUCCAAGUGGACUGAAAAGGCAUUGGCAAGAGCAUGAAGAAUCUGGGGAUUCUUCCCCAGAGAAGAGAAUGAAAACCUAAAUAUAUUGUUUUCCUUUACCAUAAGUUAAGGUGGCCAUAGACGUAACAAUUACGAUCUUUCUUGGAAAAGAUCUUUCCAAGAAACAUUGUUCAUUUCAAUACACAUGUGUAGAGCUGAAUCAUUCGAUAUACAAGUAGAAACAAUAGAAUUUUACCUGUAUCUGACAAUUCAGCACUAAAACUAUGACCGAUGUUUGGGUACCCAAUCAAAAUUUUCCGUCCAGCCCGAUUGCAAGCUGACCGAUAUCCAAGUCUUCUGCCGAUAUCGGUUGUCUCUUUUCCCACCAUACAAGCACUGAAUAUCGUACGAAAAUUAGUUUUGUACAAUAUUAUCUGUGCGUCUAUGGCCACUUUAAGAACUAAAAGUGUCCAGUCUUGGUCUGGAAAAUGAAUGACUAAGUGUAUCUGAGUUUCCAGGCCAUUCUUAAUUUGGCUGUACUGGCUAAAGUUGAGUUUGCACUAAAUAUAAACAUUGCGUCUUCUAAAAAUAUUUUUUUAUAGCUUUUUCCUUUCUGAAAUUCAACUAGCCAUUUCCCCAUUAUGGGGUGUUUAUUCUAAGGAGUAAACCAUGGGUGCUCCUUAAAUUUACCUUUAGGUAUUCGGUGGUUAUCAGCUGAUGGGAGAUUGCUUUGCUGUGCCAUAUAAGUGAUCAGUAACUGGAAAAAUACUCUUGAGCUAUACCAACAACCUUACAAAAAAACAACAAUAUUUUUAUGUAUUGCCAAACCAAAUAAUUGAGUACACAUAGUGAGCAACCUAGCAGAUUAAAGAGUAGAGACUUCUUUUCCUCUUG